GGUAUAACUGCAAACGGGAUUACUUUAACAUCCAGCAUUUCGUGCAUUUAAAACACCGUGUUCACAAUCGACUCAUUCAUUUCCUUUGGAAUGAAUAAAUACAUUCUGUUUAUUUCAAUUCGGCAAGAUUUAAAUGUAGCGACCGUGUCAUUGUGGAGAAGGUUAAACCAAUCAGAUUGUACGUUACUUCUGACGUGCUAGUGUAAUAAUAGCGCUGACGCCAGAUUUUGCAAACAAAACGGGAUUAAUUCGGAUGUAUGCUUUGAAAUCAGGGCUCUGUAUUUAUUUGUAGUUUUCCAUUUUGUUUAAAAUAUGCCGCUGUUUAUAAACCCUAAUCAAAUUUUUACUCAAAGAGUUAACUUGCUGGAGCACAAACUCCGCGGAAAAGAAGAACGAAUUAUUCAACUGGAGACUGAAAAUGCAUUGCUUCACCUGAAACUGGCCGAAUGUUAUGGGAAACUUGGAAGAAAUAAUGAAGAGGAGGCUUACAUUAGCAGCCUAUAUCAGGUUCAACUGAACCACAACAAAAAUACAAACCUUUUUUUAAAUGGGCUCUUCAAGGAAGUUCAGGUAUUAAAACAAAACUUGAGAGAUCUCUCUUCGAUAUACGCUGGUUUCUCAAAAGAACUUGAGCAGCAGAGCAAAAACUUCCUUAACAAAGUCAUAGCAGCCAGCUGCAAGAUACAAGACUGCAGUGUGGAUGUGAACAAACUCCAGGCACAAGUUCUUGAUCUGGAAAGAUCUUUACAAGAGGAAAAGAACAAAUACAAGGAUGAGAGACAGAAGAGAAAAAUCCUCCAUAACACUCUAGUUGAGUUUAGAGGGAACAUCAGAGUUCAUUGCCGGGUGCGUCCAUUCUUAUCUAUUGAUGUUGGAAACAAUGACACAGAUUUGCUGUCCAGGUCUGCGACAGCUUCAGAGAAAGUGGUUCAUGCAGUUAAUGAUGACACCAUCCUUGUUAAGUGCUCCAGAUCAGGUUAUCCAACUGUGAACAAAAUGUUUGAAUUUGAAAGAGCGUAUAGCCCUGAUGAUUCUCAGCAAACAGUGUUUGAAGAAGUUCGACCUCUACUUACCUCCCUCCUGGAUGGGUAUAAUGUUUGUAUAAUGGCUUAUGGACAGACGGGAAGUGGAAAGACACACACAAUGAUUGGGCCACACUCUGAAAAUGGCUUCCGCACUGGAGAGUUACCAGAAGAAGGAGUUAUCCCUAAAGCUACAAGGGAGCUAUUCAGUCUGAUAUCUAAGAAAUCGCCUGGGAGCCAUUCCAUCGAAGUGUCUGUGGUGGAAGUGUAUAACAAUGAAAUCUUUGAUCUCCUGGCAAAAGAUGGUGAUGGGUCAAUGUUGAUCAUGAAGCGCGAUGUCAUCACAACCAGUACAGGAAAUAGCGAUGUGCCGUCUUUGACACAUGAAAGUGUGGAAAAUGCUGCAGAGAUCAUGCAUGUUUUUAACCAUGGAUUGCAACUUCGAGCAAAACACCCAACACUGGUCCACGCUGACUCCUCUCGCUCUCAUCUGGUAGUUACCAUCACUGUUACGACACAGUGUGCUUCAGCUGAGGGUCUAGCUUUCUCCCUGCAAAGUGUGCGUCAAGAAUCGCUGAGCCACAGGAGUCGCAGGCAGCCUCCAAAACUCAGGGUUACAGAUGAACAAACAAUGAUUCGCUCCCGGUCUCCCUCGCCCAGGCCCAGCCUGACAGAGCUGCCAGUGCUCCACAAGCCAGUAAAAACUAAACUACAGCUAGUUGAUCUAGCAGGCAGCGAAUGUGUCGGAAUGUCUGGAGUGACUGGUGUGGCCCUUAGGGAAACCUCUUUUAUCAAUCGCAGCUUAUCAGCGUUGUCAGAUGUACUUGGGGCACUGGCAGAACAACGACCUCACAUCCCCUAUCGAAACAGCAAGCUCACCCACUUACUGCAGGAUUCAAUAGGGGGUGAUGCAAAAUUACUAGUGAUGCUUUGCGUUUCUCCUACCCAGAGGUACAUGACUGAGUCACUGCAGUCGUUAGGAUUUGGAACCCGUGCACGUCAAGUUCAAAGGGGACAGCCUAGGAAAAAGUUGACCAAAUCCAAGUAACUUUUAGUGUAAGCAAUGCAUUUCAUAAAAUCAGUGUUCCAUUUUUCUGUGUGAUAAUGAGUUAUUUAACUUAAGAGUUACUUUGAAUUAGAAGUUUCACAGUACUGCCAGAUGUGCAAGUUGUCUGGUCUCAAAAUGAAAAACUAGCACAGUAAUUAAGUAGGAUAAAGAGUAGCAUAAUGCAUAAAAAGGAUUAUCAGUGAGACAGAUACAUUAUUAUGUUUCCUAUUUUAAAAAAAUGUAUUCAAAGAAUGCCACAUUCACAAAAGCAUUUGCUAGAAGUAAAUAAUAAAAAGUGGUUUUUUUUGUUUCUAAAAUGUGAAGUUUGGGAUACUGGUAUGUAAACAUCAAAUGGCUGGGUUCAACAUGUAAUUUUCAAGCUUUAACAAAAAUAGGUACUCAUUUAUACCAAAGAAGGACAUUUCAGUAAUCAAUUUCAACAAUUUUUUCUAAGAACAUUACUUAACAGUGUGGCUUAAUCACAAGGUGUAAACAGAUCUUCUGAACUCUUACUCUGUUUUCAUUUUACAAUUUAAGGUCUCACACUGAGCAGUAUACAUAUUUUAGAGACAGAUGGAUACCUUGGAUGUAACAAUGGGCAACAACACUGAAACUGAAGAUACAUGUAAUUUUACAAAAGUUGUUUUCCCUAUUGUGUAAAAAUAAAUAAAUAAAGAAAUACAAAUACAGCUAUUUUAUACAUUAGAAUACUUUUGUUGUGUGUCUUGUUUGUGUGUUCAUAUCUACAGUUAACAAAACACAAAUCAAAUAAAUGAUCUGACAUCUGGAACAAACACCACAAGGCGUGGUGGUAUUAGAAUGUAUCACACAGCUUGAAGUGCCUUACUGCGCUUAUAAAAUGGGUUAACUUACUAAAUUAAAGUCUGCUAACAAAUAAGUAAUAAUAAAUGGAAAAAAGUAAAAAACUGAGCUAAGAGAAAAUAGUUUCAUGUAACAUUUAUUUUAAUAAAACCAAAA